AUGGCUUCCGACUCCAAGCACUUCCUUUCCGGUCGCAAGAUCGUCGUCUGCGGCGCCGGCCUCGGCGGCCUGUCCUUUGUGCUGUCGCUCUUGAAAUCGUGGGAUGCCGCCAUCCCGGCCCCCCAGGUUAUCAUUGUCGACGCCGACGGCCGUGAAGAAAGCCUCAACCGCGGCCUCUACGACCUGCAGCUCAACGCGGACACGGAGGAGUCCGCGCUCGUCGGCCUCCGCGAUCUCGGCCUCUCUGACGCGGUGCUGGCGCAGGCCGUGACGCAGAACAACCCAGACGCCACCAUGCACGUGUGGGACAAGUCGUGGAAGUCGCUCAUGACCAUCAAGCCCAAGACCGUCGAGGGCUUCACCACGGGCGGCGUGCGCAUCCGCCGCACGGCCCUCCUCGCCGUCCUGGUCGACGCCGUCGAGGCGCGCACCAAGAUUGCCUGGGCGACCUCUGUCCAGGACGCCAAGCGGCUCCCCGACGGCACGCUGCGCGUGUCUCUGCAGGACAAGGCCUCGGGCGCCACGUCGCAGGAGGAGUGCGACCUGCUCGUGGCCGCCGACGGCGACGACAGCACCCUGCGCAAGAUCUUCCGCCCCAAGGACGUCACCAAGCUCACCGGCCACGUCGCCAUCGGCGGCCAGGUGGACUUUGGCGACAAGGCGAGCGCCCCCGCGCCGCUGACGCGCGACUUUGGCAUCAUUGUCGGCGGCGACGGCGUGGCCUCGGCCGUGGUGCAGCUCAACAACAACGGCAAGCUCCUGUGGUCCGUCUUCAAGGAGGAGAAGACACCCCGCGCCACCGCCUACGACAACGCCGACGCCGCCGCGUUCCAGGCGCUCCUCGACGAGGCGCGCGCGUCGGCCAAGAGCAUCGGCGAGCCACUGCCCGAGCUCAUCGGCCAGACGAAGCAGGAGACGACCUUUGCGCGGUCGGUGCGCGAGCGCGACGCCUUUGGCCACGAGGCCGCCGAGCUGCGCGGCGUCGUCUUCAUCGGCGACGCCAACCGCCUCGUCAGCGUCUACAUGAACAACGGCGGCGACCUGGCCGUCCGCGACGGCAUCACCCUGGCGCGGGAGCUCGUCGCGCAGCCGUCCCUCGCGGCGGCCACGGCGGCGUACGACAAGGCGGCGCUGGCGCGCAGCACAAAGUCCAUCAAGGCGGGGCGGUCGACGAUGAACACUGCGCAUCUCAGCGGCUGGAAAUGGACCAUGGCGAAGACGGCCCUGUCGGCUGGUGGUUUCCUGGCAGGCAACUGA